GCAUGUCCAGUGCUAAAUAUUUCACAGGCAACACUCAGCACAACAUCUCGUGUGUUUGGUGCUUCAGUCGAUGUGACAUGUAACUCUGGAGUUCUGCUUGUGGGAAUGCAAACAAUUACAUGCAUGACUGGUCGAAUGUGGUCAGCAAUUCCUUCAUGUCAAGAGGUAUGCCCGGCACUAAAUAUCGCACAAGCAAUGUACAGUUCAACAACAAGAACAAUCGGAACGACCGUAACAGUGUCAUGUAAUUCUGGUUAUCAGUUGCUUGGUCUGGAAACAGUUAACUGCACGGCUGGGAGAAAUUGGACUCAGUUACCAACAUGUGAAGAUAUUGUCUGCUCCACUCUACCGACAAUAACAAAUGGCGUGGCUGCACCAAUUAGCACUGCUCGCUAUGGAGUGGCGACAGUUCAAUGUAUGGCCGGGUACACUCUUAAUGGUAGUCUGACAACAACUUGCUUACCAAACGGCUCGUGGGCACUCCCUAUUGGCACAUGCAACGCUAUUACAUGCCCAGUACCUACAAUAACUGAUGGAAUGGCGACACCGAUUGCUGCUAGUGUGCCUCAACAGUAUACAAUAUCCUGCUUCAGUGGAUUUACACUCGUUGGACCAAACACUGUCAGAUGUCCAACUGCAAAUGCCUUUACAACAUUUCCCAUUUGCCAAGCCAUUACAUGCCCUGCACUACCUGUGUUUACCAAUGGAUAUGUCCACACCACUGCGGCUAGUUUUACAACGGGAGGUACCGCAAGUGUCUCAUGUUUUCCAGGGUAUGUAGUGACAGGGACAGCCACACUAACUUGCGGUAGUGGUGGUCAGUGGCCUAGUGGUGCUUCUCUUCCUCUGUGUACAUCACUGAAUCAGAGUGCUCAGAUCCAGUAA